AGCGCGCUCCGACCCUCCUCACCCGCUAAUUUACUCAGUCAACAUUUGAACUUGUGAACCGCUCGCUCGCCCGCCUCGACGAUUUCACCGGGGGAUACCGAGCCGGUGGCUGGGAAGGCAAGAUGUCGGCAUAGCUGAUUGAUGUGAUAUACGGCUGUGUCACAUCGAGCCAGCUCAAUCCACCGGCGUUCGUCGAUACGAAGAAAGAAGAUUUAAAUUUUCCCGGAACGCUCCCGAACGGACGAAGAAAUUCGGAUCGCUCCCGUAACUUUCCACCGGGAGAGGGCGCCCUCUCCUGACAGCUGUCAUUUUGCGCUUUCGCUGGCUCGGCCGUGGGUUGUUGGGAUUAUUUUUAUUUUUAUCACUCACGACGAUGUUCCCGUAAAGUGUGACCGGCUGUGCACGCGCGUGACGAAACGAUACGAAAACACGACGAAAGGAUGGCGAACGACGAGGUGUUGGGGCCGCGCAAGACGAUGUUCGUGCUAGUGAUAGUGGUGGGGUGCUUCGCGGUGCUGUGGCCGCGGAUCCUGUCGCCGCUGCUGGCGGGCGGGCGCGAGCAGCUCAAGCCCAACCAGUUCGACCGGGACGCAGGAUGCUGCGAAGUGCUGUUCGCGUCAGAAAUGGCCGUCCUAGAGCUGGUCACAGAGGUCUGCAACUCAGCGGUAGGCACCGACGGCCGACGGUCGGUCUACGCCGUCAACGAAUGCCGCAAGUCCCUGAACGAUACCUGCGGCGUCGACAUCGCGGCGUUCCUCAAACGUAAAGACAACGUUGGGAAGAGCACUAAAGUGCUACUGGAGAGCCUUCAGAGUAGCAACAGCUCCUGUCUCCGGGAGAACUUUGGCGUCAACGUGUGGAGCGUCAGCCCUCACGUAGCCGUCAACUCGUGGCAGAUGUCUGAGAUGAUAAAGCAAGAGCGCCCCCCCAUCCGGGGCUCCGGGCCGCACCCAGCUCUGAAGGAGCGGGGGCGCGCCAUCCCGCCCGGCGCCCCCACGCCGCCGUCCCGGGGGCCGGUGCCGCUGCCGCCGCACGUCAGGGUACGCUCCCCGCUGCAGGGGUACUACGAGGUAGAGGUGCAGCCGCCGCCGAUCCCCGGCAUGCGCCCCCCACUAGGCUCCCCGGGGGGCCCCGUCGCCGCGCCCAAGUCCUCUAUGGGACUCGUCAUGCCCAUCUACACCAUCUGCAUCAUUGUGUUCUUCGUGUAUACGCUGAGUAAGAUUCUGUUCAAGCGCACGGGCACCGUCCCGUACGACCAGGUGCAGUCGGACCCGCAGUUCCGCCGCCGCGUGUUCAGAGACGACUCGCGCACCAGCCCCGACAACAAGUUCGGCCACAAGGAGAAAGAUACAAGAGACGAAGAGCUAGCAGCGCUGCGAGCGAGACUGGCUGAGACGGAGCGAGCCAUGCAGCGCAUCGUGACGAAGCUGGCUGAGCGUGACGCGGAAGCGCCGGAUAAUAACGCUCGCCCGUACACUAACGGAACUGUACCUAACGCGGAUAACGCCCCGGUGCGCAUCGUAGCCACCGAAUACGUAGAACCUUCCAGAGAAAAGACCCCUGAAGCCAAAGAGAAAGAAAGCACUCCAGAUAUCACAGAACCUAGCCCGGAAAAGACACAACCUGCCCCAGUAGAGAAAGAGUCUACCCCUGAGGAGAAAGAAACGACUCCAGAAGUCAAAGAAACUACCCCAGAAGAAAGGGAACCGACGCCAGAAAGCAAAGAGCCUACACCGGAGAAAGAGGCCUCACCAGAAAAAGAGGCUUCACCAGAGCCAAAACAAUCUUCGCCUGAACAAAUUGAGUCAGAGGAGGAAGAAGAAGAAAAAUUAGAAGAUGAGAAGGAGGAAUCUCCAGAACCGGAAAAGAUUAAAAUUGAUCACAAAAGUACAAACGGAAACGCAAUCAAACAUGCCGAGGUGGAUGUAAAGAAAUCGACAGAGAGCUUCCUAGACGAGGCAAGAGAUGCAAAAGAAAAAGAAGAAGACAAGAAACAGUCUACGCCGGAACUUCUAGAGGAGGCUUUGCAGGAGUCGGAGGAAGAAGUGGAGGAAAUAGAGGAAGUGGAGGAAGAAGAAGAGGAGGAGGACGAGGAAGAUGAAGUUGCGCCCUCAGAGAAUUCUGCAGUUAAAGUGGUGGGGAUGGAGGUAUCGUCUUCUUCCCGCGCGGGCUGGGCGCCCCCCCGCGCGCCGCCGCGCCCCGCGCACAUCGUGCACUCUGCGGAGGACGUGAAGAGCAUCUACCUGCAGACGGAGAUCCCGCAGCAGUCCAAGGUGCUGGUGGCGGACUUCGCGCAGGGGCGUCCCGCGCCCGCCGAGCGGCCCGGCAAGCGUGCGCCGCUGGUUGUGAGCGGCAAGAUGACGCUGUCCCUCAUCCAGGACGCGCCGCGGGACACCCCCGAGAGAGAUGCAGAAUCCACGGUGGAUGACUUCACGACGGCCAGUGCGAUGACACAGCAUGCGGAGAAUAACUCUGACGACUACUCUGAGGAAGAGGUGGAGGAGGAAGUCGAGGAGGAGGAGCUGGAGGAAGAUGAGGAUGCGGAGGACGCGCCGGGGAACGCACGCAAAUGAACUGAUUACAGUAGUGACGUCACGCGGGGCGGAGAAGCAGCUGAUAAACUGACUAGCCAUUUGUUCAAGCAAGCCACGACGAAUGUUUUUUUAUAGGUAAAAAGGAGUGGUUUAUUAAAGUUAUUCUAUCAAAUCGGGAAUAAGAAUAAGGAAUUAUAAUUAUUUAUCCUAUAAAAAUAUGAGAGUUUGUAAAAUUCCGAAACGAUGGUAGCACUGUCGCUUAACCAAUCAGUGAAUCUCAUUGUAAACAUGGUUACUGAACCAACCAAUAACAAGCUGGUCAAUCGCCAGUAGCUCUUAUUACCUGGCGUUUUUCUUCACAUUAAAUAACUUUUAGAAGAGUGACACGAUUUAACCAAGUCUGGCUAGGUAUAUAUACUUAAAUUUUUAUGAUUGUCGUGAAAUAGUUGUAGUUAGAUGGACAGCGUUUUUAAGUAUAAGAAUAGAGAAAGGGUCAUACUGUAGCGUAAGUAGAUACUGCUGAGAUGAUGGCGUCAGUUUAUCAGUAGAUAUUUCAAUCCCGGAUUUUUUAAAGAAUGUCCGUAAUUUUAUAACUUAAAAUGUUUAUAAACGAAUUUAUAUCAGGAAUGGGUACGAUAUAAAAAUACUUAAGUAUUAGUAAUGUAAUUUCGUACCAUUAACCUACUUUUCCCUUUUUCGUACAUAGCUUCCGUAAAUACUUCCAUUGUUACGUAGUUUAAAAUACCACGAAUCACAAGUUUAAUACUACGAAUCACAAGAUCUAGUAGGUGUUAAGCGAAAUAAUUAUUAAAUGUAUUAUUUUCUUUCUUUCUCUUUUACAACUUUAUUGCAAUUUAU